GCGGAGUGAAGUCAGGAGAGUCGGUCUGAUCGGGUCUUACCAGCUGAGCAGACUCGAGUGAGUUGCAGAUAGCGGGCCGAGCAGACGAGCAGUCCGUCAUGGCAGUCGAAUGACAACACGAGCGGCUAGUGACACCCCUGCUGAUUAGUGUGCAUGCAGCCCCGGUGGUGACAGCGAGCAGGCGCCAACCGGGAGCUUUUGUCGUCGAGUCACGUUGGGAAGUGCAUUAUAGCCACUGUCUGGAGCUUCCGAACCGGCGUACAAAAAUUAUUACCCGAUUAUUGUGCACUUAUCACGAUGUGAUCCAAGGUUCCUUCAUCUUGCAUUUUCACUGAGCCGACCAGGAGUGUAUCCAUAAAGCUACGUAACAUAGCUGCAUUAUUCUUCUACCUUUCGACACUCUAACACCAUGACCUCUGAGCUGGAAAGUAGUCUGACGUCAAUGGACUGGCUUCCACAACUUGGAGUGAGGGCUGCCAUCCAGAAGACUGACAGAGACAUGGGGGGACUUCACCAUGGUCACUACCAUGGACAUCACCACCACCAUCAUGGUCUCCAUCAUGGACAUCCUGGGCCAGGAAAAAAAAUCACCGCGCUGGAUCCAGGAACAACAUUGGAUCAGGAAGAAAGUAAUCAACAUAGAGAUGGUAAACCACCUUACAGUUACGCAAGCCUCAUCACCUUUGCCAUCAAUGGCUCGCCUCGCAAACGCAUGACCCUCAGUGAGAUCUACCAAUGGAUCUGUGACAACUUUCCCUAUUACAGAGAGGCAGGCAGUGGCUGGAAGAAUUCAAUACGACAUAACCUGUCCUUGAACAAGUGUUUUCUGAAAGUGCCUCGCUCCAAAGACGACCCUGGCAAAGGUUCCUACUGGGCCAUAGACACUAACCCUAAAGAUGAUGCUGCACCCAGCAGGCCAAAAAAGAGGCCACGCUCUGGGGAAAGGGCUUCAACACCUUACAGCUUGGAGUCAGAAUCUCUGCGAAUGGACUGUAUCAUGUCAGGUGGAACAUCUCCUACUCUGGCAAUUAAUGCGGUGACAAACAAGGUAGCAUUGUACAGCCCAGAAGCAGAUGACUGCGAGAGUCCUGGCAGCCUGAACAACAGUCUCUCUGAGCAGAGCAUGACAUCCAUCAACCUGAACAACAUGAACUCAACAGUGAGCAAUGGCAGCAGCAUACACAGCUACACACCAGUUAGUAGUCACUCUGAGCCGUCGUCCCAGUCCCUGAGUCUCCAACCGCCCACUCAGCCCACGCGGCCUCCGCCUCCUCCUCCACAACCCCAGUAUGCUCUGCCCGUGCCAGAGUCCCGGGACAAACACCUCUGCUUCUCGGACUUUGAAGACCUCAGUGCGUCCUUCCGCAGCCUGUACAAGUGUGUCUUUGAGCGGUCGUUCUCACAGCAAGCUUUGAUGGUUAUGCCUGGGGAGUCGAACCAUUCGACACGGACUGCCUGCUCCUAUCAGCACUCACCUGGCACAGGGAAUGGUGGCAGCGGCACAGGCGGUGGCGGCCACCAUCAUCAACAACAUAAUCACCACCAUGCCCACCAUCCACAGCAUCACCUCUCUGCUCAUGGACAGCACGGAUCUCUCUCGCAACAGAGUCACAGUGGACAGAGCUGUUCCGCGACAGGCAUGGCUUCAGACUGGUACCCAAACCUGGACUGGCUAAAGGAGAGCUGCCGCAUUGCAACCAGCUACAAUUGGGCUGAUGUAGACCUCUCUCCUUUUCAAGGCCUGAAGGAAAGCAUGCAACAGGCUGAGCUCAACAACUGGUCCUUGGAUGCAGCUCAGAUAGCUGACCUGUGUUCCUCCAUCAACCAGUUCUUCACGGCCACAGGCGCAAUCACACCGCAGGGCGCCGCCCUUUCGCAACCUCAGGUCGCACAGCCAGCCGCGCCAAGGGCGCCACAGCACCCGGCUCAGCCACACGGUGCCAUGCAUCCAAAAGCCAGUCAACACAAUCAGCACGGCCAACUCAUUCGAGCAGGGAACAUGUACAUGGAGUCCAGGCAGAAUAUUCCUUCUCUGAUGGGCCCACCCGGAUACCCCCACAUGCCUCCCAUUAGCAACACAGCUCCCACCAUGACAGGGGACUCCUCCAUCACACUUUUACCAGGUCAUCACAACCAACUGAGCCAGCAACAACAGCAGCAGCAGCAGCAGCAACAACAGCACAUGCUGGCUCCAGGACACUUCCAGGUAAGACGCAUGCUUGCCAACAAUGACAUUCAGGACGACUUCGACUGGGACUCCAUUGUGUGAACAGGAAGAGAGAAGCCGUGAUGAUGACAAUAGAAUACAUGAGAUCAAAAACGUUGCAGACAAUCCACAAGAAGGAAGUCUUUUUUUUUAAUUUUUUAUAGAGGGAUAGAACUGGAGACAAUCAGUUACCAAGUGGACCAAGUUUUAAAGCAUCACCCCGCCCACGUGCCAAUAUGGGUGAUGAGUUAAUAAAACUGUCAAAACAUCUGUGAAAUAUUUGCUUUUGUUUUCAUCUGUUUAUAACCCAGGAGUAUAUGGGCCACAUUAAAAACUAAAGAGGAAAAAUAUUACAUAUUCUACAAGUGGGAAGAAUACAAUCAUGUUUUUCAAGAGAACAUCAUUGUCUUGUGAGAAUCCAGUGUUUGUUCACAUAUUUGCAAAUUUGUUUAAAAUGGUAUCCUCUGUGAUUUUUCUAAAAAUCUCACAUAUUGCUGUUUUGUGCUCAUGCCAAAGACAUGUCUAAUUGAAAAGAAAUUACCGUAGCUUUGUGCCAUCUUGUUGCAUCCUUGUGCCAAGGAAUGAUUUUGAAGAGGGGGGAGGAGCUUACGAUAUACAAAUAAUUAAAAUACAAUGGAAUACCACUAUUCUCCAAAUAUGUGUUUUCUGAAAAAUAAAGUAAUAUUGAAUUUUUUUACUAUGUAUCUACAUAAUUCUUCAAAACACUCUUGUAUUCAAAGAAUUGUUUUUUAGGAAACGAUAUUGCAAAACUAAACAAAAAAAUUAGCUAAAAAGCCAUUUUUUCCCUCCCCACAUGGCAUUUUUCAAAGAGAAAAAUUACAGAAACAAUAUGACAUUUUUUUUUCUUGAACAUGUGAAACUACUGGAUUUUGUACUUGAACAAAUGCAGCUUUGUUUUUGGGCAGAACAAAAGUUUUUUUUUUCUUUGUCCAUAAGGAAUAUGAGUGAAGACAUCAUAUCUUGUAAAUACAUAAUACACUUUCACAUUUUGUUCCAGCUGCAACUCAUGAACAUAUUUUCGUAACAAAAGGUUAUUUAUUUUCUUUGACUUUCAAAAGCAACUCCUGUACUUCAGAUGUUUUUCUCUCAUGAUUCUCUUUGCUGGUACUGUGUACGUACUAAAUUGACGAGUGUAUGUGUUGGGCGCCACCUGCUGGUCACAACGAGCAUCGUAGCACAUCUCACUAUAUAAUCCUAUGCACAAUCAGCUUUGUUCUGAAACCAUUCCUACAGUAAAUAUCGUUUCAUUUUUUUAAAAUCACUAUUAUUUUAUUUUUUUGUAGUGUGUCAUAAUCUCUGGGUAGCUCAAUGGUUCAUAUUGUCGAACCAUUUGUGGUGUCAAGUGACUGUAACGUUCAGUUCAAUAUGCACUGCUGUUGACUGUGACAUUUGUCAUCUUGAAAAGCAAAACAACAAAACAUAGUGAAAACAAGGUCAUCCCACAUUUGGGAGCAUUCAGAUAAUUUAUUUAAAAUUUCAUAUUUUUAUUUUUUUUUCCUAAACAAAUUGUGCAUUUUAUGUAUGACAAAAGGCCAGUCAUGACUCAGCAUGAUAAACGCCGCUUUUUUUUUUUUUUUUUUUUUUUGCACAAGUACUGUAGAAUGUUAACUCAUUCACUGUCAUUGAGGGUGAGAGAUGUCCAUUUUAUUCAAAUAGGAGGACUGGAAGUUAACCUUGGACGUCUCCCAAAUAUUCAGCCAGCCAAUGAGUUCAGCAUACAGUAUAGCUUAAUAACCAACAAAACAAUAAAAAAGAUGAUGCUUCGAGUUUGAGAAAAUUAUGAUCAGGCUACAAAUACACAAUUGUUUUGUUUUUAUUGCUCCAUUGUGAUUUAGUCUGUAAAAAUGUAAUUUUCUUUUGUGUACAACUUCACAUUGCUCAAAAGAAAAAAAAAAUGAUGUAUGCAUACCAAUAUGGGUGCACUAUGUGAAGUUGAAAGUCAAAGUGGUCUUUGGAAGCUCUGGGGGGCUCAGUCUAGUUUAAUAUUGUCAUCAUUACCGUUGAUGCUGUAUUACCGCGACCAGCAUUAUUUAACUUGUGUGUGCAUUGUUGUCCUUAUGUAAAUAGCAUUAUGUUUCUCGUCUGUUUUCCCUUAUUAAGAGAAAGAAAAUCACAAACUGGUGAAAAGAACAAAGUAUUUUUGUUAUUUCUCCUUCAAGGAGACACUUUUUUGUAAAUAUUCAUUAUAUUGUACAUAUGUGAUUUUUGUGUGUCAUGGAUAAUAAUCUGUAUGAUUCAACUGUUUCAAAGCUGUUUUAGUGUUUAUUAAAAUCUAAUUGACCAUUUUUACUGCCCUAACAUGCUUCUACUAUUGUUAC